CGGGGGUGUCAUGAAUUCAGGAGCGUCCAUAGAGGGCAGUGUGCGCUACUUCAUUGUUCUCUUGCGUCGCUUCUCGGCCGCGCUUUGCCGGGCCGACUGAGUCUGAGAACAAUGGUUCAAGCCCAUGGUGACAUGGAUAUCCGAAAGGGGAGACGCUUUGCGCCCGCCGUGUGUUAUAAGACCGGCACUUUUUCGAAUGCUCAACUUUGUCUGCCGCAAUGGACUACCUCACAGUCAACCCGCCCCACUCGCCCACAUCGUCCCUCCGGGCCGUCUACGUGCGCUCGCGCCCGACUUCCGAGAUGAACCCCGACGCUUCUGCGACCGAGUUCCAACAGUUUGCUGUCCCGAUGGCACUGCCCAACGUGCGCAUCGCCGAUCCCCCGCGUGCCCACCAUCCCAAACGCCCACGCGCUGUGACCGUGACCAACACUAUCCGCUCGACCUCCUCCGCUCGGACCACCAGCUCUCUGCGCGUUGUUCGACGCGAUGCAGAGUUCACCGCCGCACCGGACGACUCGGUGCAGUGGAUCGGGUCCGUUCGCCAAGGCACCGCGAAGCAAAGCCUGACCGCGCGCCUCCGCGGCCGAGUGAACGUGCUGUUCCACCGCCGGGGCACUUCGCCGGCGCACCCGCAGCCCGCCGACAGCACCGCCGC